AUGAGCGACGAAGCCUCCACGGAGAACGUCACUCUCGUGACGGGGAACUUCCCCACCGUGUCCAGCCUCAAGUCGGAGGACUCCACGGAGCAGCUGAUCUGCAAGACCCCGCAGAAGAGCGAGAAGAGAAAGAGCGUCAGCUCUAAGAGUGUGGAGGCCGGUAGCGAUGAAGGCCUCGCCGCGAGACGAUCGGUCGUGCUGUUGGGGUUGACGCAAGUGGUGCUCGGCGUGCUGCUGGUGGGUGGCGGUGCCCUAGCCGUGGUCAAAGGUGCCGCGCUGUCGAGGGUCGGCGCCGGCCUAUGGGCCGGGUGCGUCGCGGUUGUGGCUGGCGUGGUCGGUAUCGUCGCCGGGAUCAACGACUGUUACGGUUUCGACGGCGCCACGUCGAGCGGCCUCUUGACGGCGUUCCUGGCGUUGUCGCUGCUCUGCCUGGCGUGCGGCAACAGCGCCGCGGUGUUGGCUGCCACCGGGCUGCAGCGGGACGCCACGCGAGACCCUUCACCGCUAAACACGUUCCAAGAUGAGAUGCAGGCCUGGACGCCCGUGUUGACCAACAUCGGCCUUCUGAUAGUCGCGUCGAUCCACUGUCUCGUGUGCAUCAUAUCUAUCUACCAGCUGUCGAGGAGAGUGUGCUCCUGUUUCCGCCCGAAGCAGCCGUUCGAUCACAACCAGUUUGAACCUGGGAAAAAGGUUCCGUGUGUCUUCCACGUAGACGAGAUCCGAAAGGCGCAAGAGGCGGAGAGGCUGCGCGGACAUCAGUUCUGCAAGGAGUUGGAGGCGAAGUUGCAGAGUGAGACGCUUAACGUGAAGAAGGAGGACGGCAAGGAGUUCGGCAGCGCAACCAGCAAGGAGUAUUUGGUGAGCCGAUGGCUCGGCCGCCACGGCAGCACAGUGCCACGGCCCCGGCGGCCCUCGGCCGGAAUACGCAAGAACAGGAAACCUCCUGCUGCACCCUUGGUUUUACUUCCGGCGCACCCCGCUUCUACGCUGGGUCGCAUGCCAAUAAGCGUGGUGGUACCGCCCAGGCCCUACGCUACGCUACCGCUUCCGCCGGCGCCCUACGCGCCGCCCGCCCAGAUCUACUAUCCCAUACACGACACGCGGCUCCGCCGUCGUCGGUCUCCCCGCGAGGCGCGCCACGAACGGCGGCGCCGAGAAACGAGACAGAGAGACUCUCUCACUCGGUCACUCGAGCGCAUACACCGCAAGAGACGAGCGGACCGCGAUCGCCUCAGCGACGCCGAUCUCAAGCGGACGUACACGGGUCUCGACAGAGCGUACGCGGAGCAGUUCAUAGCCGUCUGUGACAGCAGCCGGCAUGCAGCCGAGCAGCACGACUCUCUCGCCACCACGGCCACUAGCGGCACCGGUGACUCUUCGGAUACACAGAACUCGAGCUAG